AAACAAAAAAUACUGAGCCAAUAAGUCGUGUAUAUAAAGCUUACUCACCGUCCUGUCAGUUCAAAGACUGGGGAUUUGAGUUUAAUUUACGAAGGAAAAUUUGAAUUAGUAUUUAUCAAGUUUUUUAGCUAWAAUUUUAAUCCGAACAUAUGGCGUCCUUUGGCUUAGACAAGAAGACAAAGAUCCCUCCUCCACAACAGCUUCUUAAGCCAUUAUGGCCGCAUCCAAAGAUGCUUUUUGGGCCUGGACCUUCAAAUCCAAACGCCCGUAUCUACAAUGCAGCRUCACUGCCAAUGCUGGGUCAUUUUCAGACGGAAUUUCAUCAUAUUUUAGACGAGAUACAAGCAGGUCUUCGUUACGCUUUCCAAACUAARAAUGUCUAUACUCUCGUCUUCACUGGAGCCGGCCAUACAGGAAUGGAAGGCUCUAUGAUGAAUAUUCUAGAGCGAGGAGAGAGGAUUUUGGUCUGUGAGAAUGGCAUGUGGGGUCUAAGAGCRCACAAUAUCGCUGAGAGACAAGGCCUUGAUGUACGAGUCAURCAAAAAACRCCUGGAGAGGCAUUCACCCUGGAAGACAUUGAGAAAGGUCUCAUUGAACACAAACCUGCAGCCAUGUUCAUAACACACAGUGAAUCAUCAACAGGCAUUUGUCAACCAAUGGAUGGAAUUGGACAGCUUUGUCACAAGUAUGAUUGCCUUGUGAUUGCCGACACUGUAGCUUCCCUUGGAGGAACUCCAUUCUUGACUGAUGAAUUAGAGCUGGAUGUAGUCUACACAGGUUCACAAAAGUGCUUUGCUUGUCCUCCUGGGAUAUGUCCCAUCACUUUCAGUCCAAGAGCAAUAGAAAAAGUGAAGAACAGGAAGACUAAAGUWAUGUCAUUCUACCUGGACAUACUUGAGCUUGGAAACUACUGGGGGUGCGAUGGACAGUCAAGAAGGUAUCACCACACAGCKCCAAUCAACCUUCUGUACACUCUUAGAGAAAGUCUUGCCAUGCUUGUAGAAGAGGGUUUGGAGAAUGCUUGGAAGAGACACCAUGAUAACAUUGAAUUGUUCUGGGAAGGACUUGAGAAAAUGGGUCUAGAACUCUUUGUCAAAGACAAGACACAUCGCCUGCCAACAUUGACAACCAUCAAGAUUCCAGAUGGCUACACAAACUGGCAGGGAGUUGGAAGCUAUCUGAUGGAAAAAUACCAUUUUGAAAUUGUUGGUGGGAUGGGACCAACUGUUGGAAAGGUGUGGCGCAUUGGCCUCAUGGGUCUGAAUAGUCGCAAGGAAAACAUUCCUAACGUACUUCGACUCUUUGAAGAGGCAUACAAAGAAAACAAGUGAACUUAUAACUAAGAACAAUUUUUUGUCUUUCUGUAUGUUCAAAUAACAUGGAGAAUGGUCACACAAAUUUCAGAAUGUCUAAUUAUGGUUUCUAAUGGCUUAUUAUGAUUACUUUUAAAAUUAAUAUGUUGCAUUUAGUGGUCUUAAAUCAAUACAAAAUGUUACUGAAUGAAACUUCGCAGUUUUGUGUAGGUAGAAUAAUUGUAUACAACACAUUGUAUUGAUAAUUAUCACUAUCAACAUUAUAAUUAUUUGUACUGACUAUUAAUGACUAUUUAUUGGUGUAAUUAAGUUUAUUUUUAUGGUUCAUGAUGUAUUUUUUUUUAUAUUUUAUUAUGUGGUAUAUUACAAAAAUUUUUCAUUAAGUUAUGUAUAAAACUCAACCUAUACAUGUAACACACACACGUGGCUACACCUUUAUGUGUAUAAUAAUAAUUAUUUAAAAAUGAUUAUUAUUGGAAAUAUGGCUAAAUUUUUUUUAGAUUAGUCUAACUUGAUGUAUUGAGGAGUAUCACUCACUGUAAGUAAUAUUUUAAAACACAUGGGAAUUAGGUAUCUUUUAACUAAAUAUUAUUGUAAAUUGUGAAUUAUAAUAAAAUCAUGCAGGAAUGGCU